AUGGAGCCGCUCACAUAUUCCUCGACUGAUGCCCGUUAUCUGCUGACCCAAUGUCUCGCCCAGCUCAAUGAAGCUGUUGUGGAAUCUCAGAGUGUCAUGUACCCCGGUAUGGCUAUCGCCUGGUUACUAUGGGAAGCGAUGAGAGUGUGCGGGUACCGCUUGACGGUUUGGAGGAAAGAGAGAAGAGCGGGAAUGCGGCUCAUCACAGUCAUCAUGUCGGCAUCGGUCACGGACAGAGAACUGUGCCAAGUUCCAUUCUCCUACGCAGCCUUCCCCAACCUCGGAGUUGAUUAG